AUGGUACAUCCGCCUCCUCUUGGAACUCUCGCACACUUGGUGGUUGUUUGGUUUGGGGGAGGGAAGAGGCAUUCAUUAGAUAUAUUCGCCCGCCUCUGGCAUACACCCGAAAAAAAAGCACACACACAGCUCCCAUUCCAUUCGCAGGAUGCUGCUGAUUCGCGCUCAAAUGCUCAUUGGGGCCUUCAUCGUUCUGAUGCCAUUGGUCGUCAUGGCCAGUUCCCCACCCAAACAGAACGUAACACUCGCACUGAAUGUAUCUGGAAACGGGACCAAGGCCCAGGCCAAUGGAACUGCAGCUGUGGAAACCGCACCAAUAGCCACAGCAACGACAACGUCAACGGCGCCGGCCCGGCACCGGCACCGGCACCGGCAGCAUCCGCUGUACACGUCAGGCGCAUACGAAGAAGGACUAUUGAUAUUCCAGUAAUUGCGCUGGACUAUAUGACAGGACACAUGCCUUGUGACAUGGACAUAAGAGGUAUUCGGCGCUACAUUACGGCGUUUCCCAACCAGUGCAUCUGGAGCUACAACAAUCGCUACACCACCGAGGGCUACUAUCGCGUCUACAAGAUGUACCAAUUGGAGGCAUUCUUCUUUGGCCAGUACCACGAGCGUCUCAAGCGCUACGAGACGGAGCCCCAUAACUAUGACGCAGAGUGAAGCGCGUAGAGAACUCGGGUAUUGGCUGUUGCACUCCCCACUCAGUCCAAUACAUGUCAUUAGCAUUGAUUGUAUCUGAGCAUCAAUUAUAAUUCAUUUAUUGGAAACAUAUGGGCAUUGAUUUAGUUUUCACA